GUUUACGCUGCAGCGCUCAAAUGGACGAAAUUCGACUUACCUGCUCGGGAGAAAUUACUGCCAAAGCUUUUGGAGCAUGUACGACUCCCGCUUUGUCCCCCGAAAUUUCUCGUCAAUACAGUCAGCAAGGAUUCGUUGGUGAUGGCUGACGCUGCGUGCCGAGAACUCGUUGACGAAGCGAAGAAUUGCCUACUUCUACAGUUACCUGCACCUGGACGACCAAGCAUGCAGGGACCCCGUACUCGACCGCGGAAACCAUUCAAAUUUCCUGAAGUACUAUACCUAGUCGGAGGAUUCCGCGGAUCGCAGCCUCUCAGUUCUGUAGAAUGGAUUGAUCCUGGAGAAGCAAGCCCUGUGUGGAAGCCUGCUGCUUCCAUGAGCAAGCCAAUAUUUGAUCCCGUCACUAACCAGUGGUCGAACAUCGCUUCAAUGCACACGAUUCGGGAAUCUUGCGGUGUUGCUGCGAUGGGCGGCUUUCUCUACGCAGUGGGUGGAGUGAGGGGUACGGAAUGUCUGAACGUUGUUGAACGCUAUGAUCCUGGCCGAAACGCAUGGACCAACGUGGCGCCUACGCGUUCACGCCGGUGUGGAGUGUCUGUCGCAGUGGUCAAUGGAUGUUUGUACGCUGUCGGAGGACGAGAUGGAUGGCUAACCUGGAGUACUGUCGAAAGCACGAAAUGGCAAAAACUAAAAAGGUUCCGUUCGCAGAUGACGCUGGCCGUCGUCAAUGAAAAGCUGUAUGCUGUGGGUGAUGCAUACAUUGAAGUGUACGACAAGGAGUUGAACUUUUGGAAAAAUCACAUUAACACAAAAGAU